GGCGGGCCACCGAGGGCCAUGGCGGCAGCGUCACCGGUGUGCGGCUCGCAGGCGUCCGCGGUCGGCGCCUCGUCCCCACCCGCGCCCGCACCGGCUCCAGCGGCCGGCUUGGGCCGCUGCCGCAUGGCGCUGCUGCUGGCCGUGGCCUUGGACGUGGCGGGCAUGGCGGCGCUGCUGACCGGCGUGUUCGCGCAGCUGCAGGUGCGCGGCCGCGACUUCGGGGACCUGCUCAUCUACUCUGGGGCGCUGCUGGUGUUCUUGAGCCUGCUGGGCUGGAUUCUCUGGUACACCGGCAACAUCGAGAUCUCGCGCCAGGAGCUGGAGCGUGACUACGGCCUACGACCCUCGGCGAUUGCCCGCCUGGCGCGCAAGCUGUCCCGUCGCUGGUCGGCGCCCGCCACCGCCAGUCCCCGGACCACAGCCGGUCUCCGCUCAGCACGCAGAGCGAACCGCGCGCCCCAGCCCUCCUCCUCCGGCUCCCGCCGCGUGCGCCUGCAGCUCGCCACGCUUGAGGCGGGGUCCGUGGCGGCAGGCACGGGCAGCGAGUGAGCCCCAGACCACCUCAUCCUCCGGACCUGACUGAGACAUGCAGCUUCCCUGUGCAUCACUAGGCCACCAGGAUAUCCACCUGUCACCUCACUUGGAUAAAUGUUUCUGUUUUGGAGCAGUGCUUGCCUGUCUGGUUAAGGGGACUGAAAUGCCAGGCCAAGACACCGUUGAUCUUGGGGUCCCUAGGGAUGUAGGAUUUCAACUGCUUACUAGCCCUUCACUAGGGACACCUGGGAGGCGAGAAGAAGGAUCUCCAGUGCAUGCAGAGCCACCCACCCAGCCAGGCUUCCCUAGGGAAGUUUAGGUCUUCCAAGAACACACACAGGGGCACACUGAACUUGCAAGAUAUUUACUGCGGGUUGGUCCUGAUAUAGAAGAUGGCAUUGAUGCAGGAUGCCUGCAAGACGAGGAGGAGAGAGAGAGAGCUAACUGAACUGAAUGUGGGCAGACUGAAUCUGAGUGUAGACCACACACUUUCAAGAAAAGGUUUGGCAGUGGAGAC